AUGGAUUGCGGGGUCUUCCUUGCCACAUGGAAGGAUAUUCCCGAUGAAAAUGAACUUCAGUUUCAGAUUAAGAAAUGUCACUUAAAUAAUGGCACUGUUUCCAGCAAAUUGCAAAACAACAGUGCUUAUACUAUUGCCAAGAGGAAUGUGGAAGGGCAGGACAUGCAGGACAAAUCCCUGAAGCUCACUAAUGGUGUUUGGUUUUUGGCUGAGCUACUUAGUAUCCAGCCAGGAAACCCAAAUUAUACGUUGUCGCGGAAGUCGAGCUCCUGGGGUCCCUCAGUACAUCUACCAGGUCUAGGACAGCAUUUUGAAAAAUCAGUAGACUGGUCUAGGGCCCUCCGCCCGCCCUGGGAUUGGCGCAAGCCAAGAAUUCUUAACUGGCAGAAAUUGUAUUGCUGUGUUGAAUCUGAACACAAAAGCGCUGAGACCGCCCACCAAGUUACGGAGCUGAGGCUGGUGAAUGGGAGCCACCGCUGUGAGGGGAGAGUGGAAGUGAAAUAUGAAGGAGAAUGGGGCACAGUAUAUGGUUACGAUUGGUACUUGAAGGCUGCAGAUGUCGUGUGCAGACAGCUGGGAUGUGGACAUGCUGUUGAUGCUCGCAGAGAGGCUUAUUUUGGAUCAGGGAAUGGGCCUAUUUGUCUUGCAUAUGUUUUUUGUGAAGGGACAGAAUCAACUCUCAAUGCCUGUUCUCUUUAUUCUCCCAAAUACUUUAGUGGACAAGACUUCCCCCAUAGUUGGGAUGCUGGAGUAGUGUGCUCAGGAUUUGUGCGUCUAGCUGGAGGGGAUGGACCCUGCUUAGGGCGGGUAGAAGUUCUUUCUGGAAAAGACUGGGUUCCACUGUCUGAUGGGAACUUUACGCUACUCACUGCCCAGGUCAUCUGUGCAGAGCUGGGAUGUGGCAAAGCUGUGUAUUUCCUGGAGGACAUGUCUAUCAGAGAGUCAGAUAGAGUCUGGCCUAAUGAAUUCCAGUGUAAGGGGCAUGAACCUAGGCUCCGGUUUUGCCACAGCGAUUCCUGUCCAGGAGAUGCAUGCCACCAUGGGGCUGUUCAAGUUUUCUGUUCAGUGUACACAGAAGUCCGGCUCAUGAAAAAUGGCAUCUCUCAGUGUGAGGGACAAGUGGAGAUGCAUAUUUCUGGACAGUGGAAAACGCUCUGUGCCUCACAUUGGAAUAUGGCCAAUGCCAAUGUUGUUUGUCAACAGCUUGGCUGUGGAGUUGCCAUCUCUACUCCAAAAGGAGCAUACUCUGUGGAAGGAGGUGAUAAAAUUUGGGAAGCUCGAUUUCACUGCUCAGGGACUGAGUCUUUUUUGUGGAAUUGCACUGUGACUGCCCUGGGCAUUCCUAGUUGUACCCGUGGAAACACAGCCUCAGUGAUCUGCUCAGGAAACCAGACCCAGGUGCUGCCCCAGUGCAACGACUCUGUGUCUGAACUUGAGGGCUCUGCAGUCUCACAGGAGAGUGCAGCCACCUGCUCAGAUCGCAGACAGCUCCACCUGGUGGACGGAGGCGGUCCUUGUGCCGGCAGAGUGGAGAUCCUUCACCAGGGCUCCUGGGGCACCAUCUGUGAUGACAGCUGGGACCUGAGUGAUGCCCACGUGGUGUGCAGACAGCUGGACUGUGGAGAAGCCCUCAAUGCCACGGUCUCUGCACACUUCGGGGAGGGACUGGGCCCUAUGUGGCUGGACAACCUGGAGUGUACAGGAAAGGAGUCCCACAUUUGGAAGUGUCCUUCCCGGGGCUGGGGACAACAUGACUGCAGACACAAGGAGGAUGCAGGGGUCAUCUGCUCAGACUUCCUGAAGCUCAGGAUGGUGAGCGAGGACCAGGAGUGUGCUGGGUGGCUGGAAGUUUUCUACAAUGGGACCUGGGGCAGUGUCUGCCGCAGCCCCAUGGCAGACAUCACCUUGUCCAUCAUCUGUAGACAUCUUGGCUGUGGAGACAGUGGGACGGCCAGCUAUUCCAUAGUUCCCAGGGAAGGUUCUAGACUUCGGUGGGUGGAUCAAAUCCAGUGUCGGAAAACCGAUUCCUCUCUCUGGCAAUGUCCUUCUGACCCCUGGAGACGCAACUCAUGUUCUUCACAAGAGGAAGCUUAUAUCUCCUGUGCAGAGAAGCUCCGACUGAGGGGAGGAGACACCGAGUGCUCAGGGCGAGUGGAGGUUUGGCACGAGGGCUCCUGGGGCACGGUGUGUGAUGACUCCUGGAGCCUGGCAGAGGCCGAGGUGGUGUGUCAGCAGCUGGGCUGUGGCUCAGCCUUCGAGGCACUGCAGAAGGCGGCGUUUGGGCCGGGAAAUGGAAGCAUCUGGCUGGAUGAGGUGAAAUGCAGGGGCAGGGAGCCCUCCCUGUGGGAUUGUGCUGUGGACCCCUGGGGCCAGAACAACUGCAAGCACGAGGAGGACGCUGGGGUGCGGUGCUCUGGUGGAAGAACAAGCUUGCAGUCUCCUACAGGAGGUACAGUGCCACAAUCUAGAGGCAGGGGAGAAUAUUCAGAUUUGGGGGACCUGUUUUGUGGAAUCUUACAGAAUUAG